ACGGUGCUGGGGACGCCUGCGGAGGAGCAAGGCGGAGGUAAAAUCGACCUGAUCAACGCCGGGGCGUUUGACGGCCUGGACGUGGUUUUUAUGGCGCACCCCUCGCAGGAAAACGCAGCCUACCUGCCCGAUGUUGCUGAGCACGACGUGACUGUGAAAUACUAUGGAAAAGCUUCUCAUGCUGCUGCUUAUCCUUGGGAAGGAGUUAAUGCAUUAGAUGCUGCUGUUCUUGCAUACAACAAUCUGUCUGUUUUAAGACAGCAAAUGAAACCGACCUGGAGAGUUCAUGGUGUAAUAAAAAAUGGUGGCGUGAAACCUAACAUCAUUCCUUCUUACACUGAACUAGAGUUUUACUUGCGUGCCCCUUCAAUGAAAGAUCUUUCUGUUCUGACAGAGAAGGUUGAAAACUGCUUCAAAUCUGCAGCACUGGCCACUGGAUGCAAAGUGGAAAUAAAAGGUGGUGAAAAUGAUUACUAUAAUGUGCUUCCAAAUAAGAGCCUGCAGAAAGUUUACAAGGAGAAUGGAAAGAAGCUUGGAAUAGAGUUUAUAUCAGAAGACUGUGUCUUGAACGGUUUGUCAGGUUCCACGGACUUUGGGAAUGUUACGUUUGUAGUCCCUGGGCUUCAUCCAUAUUUUUAUAUUGGUUCUGAUGCAUUGAAUCAUACUGAGCAGUACACAGAAGCUGCAGGGUCACAGAACGCUCAGUUCUAUGCGUUGCGCACAGCCAAAGCUUUGGCGAUGACAGCACUGGAUGUCAUUUUCAAGCCGGGUCUGCUAGAAGAAGUCAGGGAAGACUUCAGACAGGUGAAGCUAAAAGAAGAGGGGCAGAUAAAUCCCGUCGAACUGAACAAAGAAUCUGGCGUGGGCAUAGCAGCAUGUGCGUCCCACUAA